AUGACCUCGCCCGCUCAAAGGAUCUCACCUUGCCCACAACCAUUCUCAGACCAUGUGGUAGAUACCAUCCAAGGCGUGGAUGUACCCCUCAGAGUGUUCCCUGGUAAAUCCAUAGAAGGGGGAGGUAAGAAGCCAUGGUUAUUCUGGAUUCAUGGGGGCGGUUGGGUUGGAGGUAAACAUUACAUACCCAACGUCUGGGUACAUCCAGCCUUCCAACCAUUAGGUAUCCACAUCAUUUCAGUCUCGUAUCGGUUCAUGCCACAAGCAACUCUCAAUGAUAUCUACUCGGAUCUCAGUGAAUCAUUCCAAUGGUGUCUCGACAACCUAUCAUCUGUACUAGGUGAAGAUAAAAUCGACGUACAACGAUACAUAAUCGGAGGGGAUUCAGCGGGUGGACAUCUGAGUGCACAUUGCGCACUACAUUUCCAACCUAAACCCCUGGUGGAAUUGAAUAUAUUUGGUGCCGUUGACUUGGCCGAUCCCCAUUUUAGCAAAAGUGUGGAUCGUCCCGUACCUUACGGAACAAGUUCAGAAGAACUAGAGAGAUUAGUGAGAGAUUUCAAUCCUGCCAAUGCAGUGAUAGCUUGUCCUUGGUAUUGGGAGAUAGAGCCAGACAUGUCACAAGAGACCUUACGAUCUUUCUGGGGAACAGACUAUAGACCAGGUGAAGGAGAUAAGAAGAGAUUGGAUCUUAAUGCCUACACUUCUAAAAAAGGUUCAAGGAUUAAAGCGAUGUUACGGCUUCUAGAUUCAGAAGGACCAGAAGCAGAGGAAGAGUUCAAGAGAUUGACAAAGGAAUGGUCACCUACUUAUCAUCUUACGAAGGAUUAUCCGCCAACGGUAGUCAUGCAUGGAGAGAAGGAUCAGACAGUGUUGAUAAAGCAAAGCAAAGACUUCGCAGACAAGUUGGAAAAAUUGGGCGUGGAGGUGAAAAGGAUUUGGUCAAAGGAUGGCGGUCAUUCGUUUGAACAAUCUAUGGGAGGCCCUGGGGAUGAAGGAUGGGAAGAAUUCAUUGUACCAUGCAUUGAGUUUGUCAAAAAACACACCGGAGUGUGA